AUGAAAGAGAUCGUUCAGCGAUACAUAAAGGCGUGUAAGAAACUUCGACAGCCACCAAGUAAGUUUAUCCGACGCGUCUUGGUAGCGACAGGCGAGUCGUUUACGGAUGAGCUGAUACUGAACGGCAGCGAAGCAGAGCGAGCUUACGGGAGCUCGGCACGUCUGACCAAACGCGACGCCACCGCCAUCUGCUUGCUACUGGAGAACGACACGAGCUUCCACGUGCUUCGGCUUCGAUGCAACAACAUCUCCAACGAAGGCACUAAAUGGCUGGCCAAGUUGCUGCGCAAGACGAUGACGCUUAGAGAGAUUGACAUUACCUUUAAUGGAAUUGGGCCAUCUGGUCUGGAGACACUUAUUGAGGGGUUACUCAUAAACGAGACAUUGAGCUGCAUCCGUAUGGACGAUAACAAAAUCGGCAAUUUGGGAGGAGUUUUGUUCGCCCAGGUUCUUCAGGUUCGUCCAAAUAUCCAAGCACUGCAUUUAUCGAACACGGACAUGGGAAUUGAAGGUGAGAGUUCUAAGGGAAUUCCACACGCUCAAGAAAAUUGCCUCAACAGGCCACUGCCUGUUUUUUGGCUCACAAGAGGAAAUAGCCCUAUACACAUGGGCAGAUUGUUACAGGUAAACAAAGGUUUGACGGAGAUACACCUUCAGAAAUGCGCCAUCGCUGACUUUGGUGUAACAAGGCUGGUCGACGCAUUGGUGCACAACACAACAUUACGCUACCUCGACCUCGGCUGCAACCGAAUAGGGAGGGACGGCGCGAAAGAACUGGCAAGAUUGUUGGGUAGAAACACAGUGCUUCAGGUCCUCGACUUGUGCUUCAACAGGAUUGAGGACGACGGAGCUAUAACGCUCAGCCACGUCCUGCCCAACAACACCUCGCUACAAGCGCUCGCCAUCCGAAGCAACUGCAUAGCCGGAUCAGGCCUGUGCGCUCUCGCCAACGCCCUCUAUCGCAACGACGCGCUGCAGCAGCUGUAUAUUUGGGGAAACCGAUUCGACCAGUCGGCUUGCGUCGCUAUCCGUGACGUCCUCAAUGCGAAGCGACUACAGCAGGGUAACACUGACGUCAAGCCUUACGUUGUAGACAGUAUGACACACUUAGCUCAGCUUAAUCAUGACGUCAUCUAUAGUGGACACGAACAAUGACGUCAUCUAUGGUGGGCAUGAACCAUGACGUUACAUGUAGUAGGCAUGAAUCAUGACGUCACACGUAGUAAGCAUCGGACAUCCGUCGUGUAUAGUACGCAUCUAUCAUAAAGUCUUCUAUAGCAUGAAUGCUUAACGCGGUCACCUACGGUGCUCAUAUAUCACAAUGUCACAUAUCGCACCGCAGACGUUUAAAAAGCCAGCGUUACUCAUC